CAUUUCUUUUCAAGUUUCAACAGUUAGCCUGUCCAAUUUUGACUCCCUUUUUUUUUUCUUUUCCUUCUACUCCGACUAACGUCAAUCCUUUUCCGGCAUGGCGGCCACACCUGAAAAUGCUACAACUGACAUCUCUACUGAUUCCGUUCUAGUUGAUGAUGACGAAAUCAAAUACGGAUUCCAACGGCAAGAGAUGUUCUCCGAAAAUCUCUCUGGAUCCGUUCAUCCGUACGAACGUCACGUUUUUCUCGUUUACAAGACUUAUCAAGACUGGCCUGCUCGCGUUGAAUCUUCUGUCUCCGAUCCGCUUCCUAAGCGUCUCGCUGGUGCUAUUAGAGCUCGUAAGGAUGAUCUGCCUGCUAAGGGUUUGUUGACGAUAUGCGAAGGCGGUGAUGCUAAUGGUUUGACUGACGGAGAUGUUUUGAUUUUUCCUGAUAUGAUUAAGUACAGGGGUUUGGAAGAAUCAAACAUUGAUAGCUUUGUGGAGGAAGUUCUUGUCAAUAGUAAACCAUGGAAUUUUGCAACAGCGGAGGUUGUGACAGGUUCAUACGUAUUUGUGUGUGCUCAUAACAGUCGAGAUAAAAGGUGUGGUGUUUGUGGACCAGCCUUGAUUGAGAAGUUCAAUGAGGAGAUUGAAGUGAAAGGACUGAAGGAUCAGGUGUUUGUGAGUCCUUGCUCACACAUUGGGGGCCACAAGUAUGCAGGGAAUUUGAUAAUAUACAGUGCAGUUGAAGAUGGGAAAGUGUCUGGGCAUUGGUAUGGUUAUGUUACCCCAAAUGAUGUGCCUGAAUUGCUUGAACAACAUAUCAAGAAGGGUGAGAUCAUUGAAAGGAUUUGGAGGGGCGAAAUGGGGAUUCCUCCUGUUGAAAAAACUGAAAAGGUUGUCGAACAGUCACUUCCAAAUGGAAACGAUACCAAGGCCAGUGAGACCGAUAACAUAAGCAGCAUCACUGAUGAGAAGGAAAAUUUUGGAGGCUGCUGUCAAGGUGCUAAUGGAUUCUCAUGCUGCAAAAAUGAAAGUUCAGAAACAAAAAAGGAGGGAAAGAAGGUGACCUAUAAACUGAACUUCUUCACAAGAAAAUGGGAGCAACAUGAGAUUUUUACUGCUGCUGCUGUUGUCGGGGCGGUGGCAACUGUAGCUGUGGCCUAUAGCCUGUAUAAAAGGUCACGGUGAGUUUUUCUCCCAUGGAGUACCACUUCUGUGCCACUUGGCUUUUUUGGUGGAUGGUUUUACGACCCUAUAACAGAUUUUAAAGUUCUAUGUUGUGUCAAGAUUGUAAUCACUACAAAAAACACAAAUGAGUUGAUCUACUUAGGCACUUAGCUCUUCUACGUUUACAAAAAUAGUAUUCAGUAUAUUACCCUGUUUGUAAGGGUACUGAUUAGCAUCAAUCUGGUAUAUUGGUGAUCCUAUAUGCUUGUUUCAUUUUGAAUUCAGGAUACCAUGUUACAAGUGAUCAACAAAUGUUAUAUGAUAUUAGCUUAAAGGGGUUUAUACAGUGUUGAUUAGUAUGUUGCGAGAUCAUUUGAUAUUGUAAUACAAAUGAUGUGAUAUUAUUUGAUUAUGUGCAAUGAAAUAGGCUUUAUUAUUUUUGAA